AACCUUAACGGCCAAUCUUUUUUCUCAUCCGAAGAACAAAAUAUAUUUAAGAGAAGAAGAAGAAGAAAUGGCGUCUUUGAAUCCUGUUUUCUUUCUAGUAUUCCUCCUAUUGACAACGUUCUACCACCUUGGUGAGGGCCGUGCGCCCCAUACAUUUCUUGUGGGAGGAUCAGACGACGGAUGGAAAGUUCCAGAAUCAUCCAACAAGACUCGACUCAUCCAUUGGGCUGAGACCCAAAGAUUCCUAGUAGGAGACAGUCUUGAGUUUAACUACGAUAACAAGACAGAUUCGGUGUUACAAGUGACAAAAGAAAACUACGAAAAGUGCAUUACAAAAGAGGCUUCGAAAACAUAUACUGCGACACAAACCAUCCUGAAACUUAAUGACUCAGGUCCACACUACUUCAUCAGUGGAGAUCAAGGUAAUUGCGCUAACGGUGAAAAAUUGAUCGUGGUGGUUCAGUCACCUGAUCACCCGCCCAUGCCCAAGCCCGUACCCCCCACUGCUCCACCAACUCCUUCAAAACCUCCUACUUCACCGGCACCUCCUACUUCACCAGCACCUCCUACUUCACCGGCACCUCCUACUUCACCGGCACCAACUCCGGCCAACAACACUGCCGUUGGGUUGGUUGCUGGAAGUGGCAUCUUCUGGACCUUUAUUGCUGUCAUUGGGCUCGCUUGGGCUUAAGCCUCUAUAUUAGAAGAUGAUCUUUAUUAUGCGACCAAAUCUAUGUUCUAGAGAAUAAUGAUUAUCGAGAAAACGGUCAUUUAAAUACCGAACUCA